CACCCCCGCGCCCCAGGUGAGCCCCGGGGUCUCAGGUAAGGCUCCGCGAUGCAGGUAAGAGCCCCUCUGCACAGACAAGGCCUCGACGCCCCCCCCAGGUAAGAGCCCCUCCCCUCCUAGGUGACCCUCCAGAGGCAUGAGGGCCUCUGCCUUCUCCAGGUGAGGAACCCUCUCCCCACGUGAACUCCCUGUACCUCAAGUGGAGCCGCGUUCCCCCCAGCCCCGCCCUUGGCAGUCCAGGUGAGGUCCUAAGGACCUGAGGACCAUCCAGUUCCUAAUUCCUCCAUACUUCCCCCUAAACCAGAACUGACAGCUCAUCCACUCUAAAACCCCUUCCUCCAGCUUCAGUAGCCAGGUCAGCAGGGGUGAGGCCGGAAGUGAAUGGGUGACUCACCUCAGGCUCCUCCAAGCCUCAGUUUCCCCAUGAUGCAACUUGAGGCCUCCUCAGUGAGUCAAAACUGAGCUGGCUUUGGCCCCUGGAGAAGCUGGUGGUUCUGGGGAGAAGAGACAGCAACCAAGUGUGACAGAGUCCCCAUGGCCCUGGGUGUGCCCGCAUGUAUGUGGCCCGGGGCCUGACAGCCCGCUCACUCCCUCCCUGGCAGGCACUGGGCUCCCUCUGCUCCCCGUGGGCUGCUCCCCGCGUGGGGCCACUGCCCCCGGCCCCCGCCAUGGUGCGGAUUUCAAAGCCCAAGACGUUUCAGGCCUACUUGGAUGAUUGUCACCGGAGGUACAGCUGUGCCCACUGCCGCGCUCACCUGGCCAACCACGACGACCUCAUCUCCAAGUCCUUCCAGGGCAGUCAGGGGCGUGCCUACCUCUUCAACUCUGUGGUGAACGUGGGCUGCGGGCCAGCCGAGGAGCGGGUGCUGCUGACAGGCCUCCAUGCUGUCGCUGACAUCCACUGCGAGAACUGCAAGACGACUUUGGGCUGGAAAUAUGAACAGGCCUUCGAGAGCAGCCAGAAGUACAAAGAGGGGAAGUACAUCAUUGAACUCAACCACAUGAUCAAAGACAACGGCUGGGACUGA